AUGAAUUCUAAUUCGAAUGAUGCUGAUUUAUCUAUGUUCAUCCCUGAUGACGUUAUAGAAGAUUGUUUGAAUGAAUGGAGAUUCAGUCUGAUCGGAAGAUUAGAUUUGGUCAAAUUGACGAUGGAAACAGUUGAAGCAUCUUUGAGGAAGCAUUGGGAUGUUAAAGGUAUUAUUCAACUUAUCCCUUUAGGCAAAGGUUUCUUUAUAAUAAAAUUAGAUAAUGAAGAUGAUAGAAACAUGAUUUGGAAGGGUCAUUGGAUUGUUGAAUCUCAAGAUUCAAAAUUAAGAGCUUGGGAACCAAAUUUUAAUCCAGAAAACCAGAAAAUUACUUCAGCUUUUGUUUGGGUUAUGUUUCCUGGUCUUAGUAUUGAGUAUUGGAAGGAGGAUAUCAUCUUAAAGAUGGGAAACAAAGUUGGAAGAGACAUAAGAGUGGAUGAAACAACAUUGAAAAGAGAAAGUGGGUUUUAUGCAAGUGUAUUAGUUGAAGUGGAUAUUACAAAACCAAAUCCAAGCAAAAUCAAUAUAGAAUCAAAGUAUGGAAAAUUUGAGCAAUCAAUACAAAUACCUAAGCUACCAAAGUUUUGUAUCCAUUGUUCAGUUAUUGGUCACCAUGUUGCAGAAUGCAGAAAUAAGACUGAGGAACUUCAAGAACUUUUUGAAACUCAAAAUUCAGCUUUAUCAGUGCAACAAAUUCUUGAGUUAAGAUUGCCUAAUAUGAAUAAGAAGAUAAUUCAUAAUACUUCUGCAACAAGCAAAGGAAACCUUUGGUUAUUAUGGAACAUUUCAAUUAAGGAACCAAUGGUGAUUUCUAAUACAAAACAAGCAAUAACUGUGGAUGUGGUAGGACAUCUUGUAACUGGUGUUCAUGCUAGUAACUUUACUAUUCAUAGAAGGGUCUUAUGGGAAGAGUUAUCUGUGAUAUCUACCUUCAACAAGCCUUGGAUGAUAAUUGGAGACUAUAAUGCAGUCUUAUCAAUGGAGGAGAAAAAAGGAGGUAGAAAUCCUUUAACUACUGCAAUGUUAGAGUUCAAUAAGUACAUUCAGAAUUGUGAAUUGAUGCAAGCUCCAAAAACAAGAUUAGAAUAUUCUUGGUGCAAUAAUAGAUCAGGGAAGAAGAGAAUAGUGUGUAACCUGGAUAGAGAUUUUUAUAAUGUUCAAUGGUUAAGUUCUUUUCCUAUUUGGGGAUAUAAAGUUCGAACAAGAGGUACUUCAGAUCAUAAUUCUAUUUUUGGAACAAAUGCUACAAUUCCAAAACCAGCAAAUGUUCCUUUUAGAGCUUUAAAAGUAUGGAUGUCUCAUGAAGAUUUUAGAAGCCCGCAAAUAGAAGUGAGAGGUAAUUCAGGUUUUAUCUUUUUAACUAAACUGAAGCAUAUCAAAGUAAUAUUAAAAAAGUGGAAUUGGGAUGUUUUUAGGGAUGUGAAUAAAAGAUUGAAGAAAGCUGAUGAAGAAGUUUUGAAACAAUCUCUUAUCUCAGAUCAGUCUCCUCAUAAUAUAGCUCUUCUGAAUAAUUUAGUUACUGCUAGAGGAGUUCAAGAAUUAUUAACUCAGCAAAAACAAGAGAUAGAAAGACAGAAAGCUAGAGUGAAGUGGCUUAAGUUUGGUGCUGCCAACACAAAAUUCUUCCAUGUAAAUAUGAAAAUAAGGCAAGUGCAUAAUGCAAUUGUGGAGCUGGAAAAAGAUGAUGGUGAGCUGAAUGAAGACAAUAAAAAACUUGAAACUAUUCCUUCUGCAGCAGAAAUAAAACAAGCAGUUUUUGAUCUGGAUCCAGAUAGCUCUCCUGGUCCAGAUGGCUUUGGUGGCUGGUUCUAUAGAAUGGCUUGGGAAAUCAUAAGUGAAGACUUUAUUAAGGCUAUACAGUACUGUCGGGAAAAAGAAUUCAUUCCAGCAGCUACUGAACUACCAGUUAUUGAUCAUCAAGGUGACAGGAGGAUAUGGAGUGCAACUUCAUCUGGUAAAUUCUUUGUAUCUUCUUCUUAUAAUUGUAUAAGAAAAAAAAUUCAACCAGUGAAUUGGGCAAAAACAGUUUGGCACAAAAGUGUAUUUCCAAAUGUAUCUGGUAAUGUAUGGAAGAUAUUGAGGAAAGUUGUUCCAACAGAUGAAACAAUGAAGCAGAAGAAAUUUCAGAUAGCAUCAAGAUGUCCUUUCUGCAACAAAGAAGAGGAAAAUACAGAACAUAUACUCUGGUUCUGUGAAUUUAGUGAACUUACUUGGAGCUGGCUUGGAGCUAUUCGCACCCCUGUACUGGUUAGGGGCAUUCCAUCCCUUGCUUUUGAAGAGACAGAAUUGGCGGGAAAAAAUUUGCACUCCGUCUGCAUGAUUCCGUAG